CCCGGAAAUGACGACGAAAUAAGUGGCGCUUGCAUCAAUUUCAAAACAUCAGAGUGCCUACUGAUAACUUUACAGCUGUUAAGAUUUGCUUCCAGUUGUAUUUUUACGCCAGAAGAAACGUGAAUAGUAGCCCUGUUACUUAAGAGUUAUGUAACGUUAGCAGUUUUCUCCUCUUCAUAGCGAGCUUAUGUGGUGUGAAUCAUGGAGACAACCCCGAUAAAACUGACAGCUGCUGAUGAAAGUACACCAAAUACUUCUUCAAGCUGGUUAAGCGCUAACAAGUCCAUGAGUUCCUCACUGAAGGAGAAGCUAAAAAGAUCACGCCACUCAUUCAGAUCCCCCCUCAGUGUGGUUAAACGCCUUAAAAUUGAAGAUGACAGUCUACCACAGGCCUCACAAACGAGAGACAGUGUGACUGACGACAGAGAGACCGAUGCUGAAGUCCAUCGGAAUGAUAUGAGGGAGCAAAGAGACCUCACACCUCACACAGCUGAACCUGCACAAAAAGACUUGAUCCAGAAGUGUGAAGAGCUAAGAAAAACAGUGAAGGAGAAAUCAGAAACCUUGCGAAGAUUAAAGAUGGCCAAGAUGUAUAGAAAAAAGAAUGACCUGACCCAGCUGCAGAGACUCGUAGACAAAUGGAGAUCCUGUGCUCAGUCUGUGCUGUGUGAAUUACAGAGUGAAUUACCCUCAGAGGGAAAUCAAGUCAGUCUGUCUCGGCUUAUAGACAGUUUUGGGUUAGAUGACAAAAUACUGCACUUUGACAGGACAGAGGAAGACUUCACAGACAACUGAAAUUCACUGUAUUGUAUUAUUUUAUUGAUAAUAUUUAAAUGGGUAGGAAGAAGCC